CUCCUGCCCUCUCUCUGACUGUUAGAGGGGAUAGGUGUGAGUGAGGAUGUCUCUGCUGUUCUUGUGGUCUCUAUCUUCCUCCCUCACACUCAGCCCAUCCUCCACCCUAGCCACAGACACAGAGUGUGUUCUGCUGAGUGGCUUUGAUCCUGGGUUCGUGGCUGAUGGUGACUUUGUCAUUGGGGGUAUUUUCCCCCUGCACUACAACCAGGAGAUGCCAGACGUCAACUACACCUACCAACCAACAGCCGUCAGGUGCAAUGGGUUUGAUCCGAGAGCUUUCCGCUGGGCUCAGACCAUGAGGCUGGCGGUGGAGGAGAUCAACCAGAGUGAGCAGCUGCUGCCCAACCACAUGCUUGGCUACAAGAUCUUUGACUCGUGUGCCUAUCCUCUGACAGGGCAGAGGGCUGCUCUGGCAAUGUUGAAUGGACUGGGCCAGGCUCACACUCACAUGUGUUCUGGUGCCUCUCCUCUCCUGGCUGUUAUCGGAGAAUCCGGUUCUGCUCAGUCUAUUGUCGUAUCCAGAAUCCUGCAGCCCUUUAAAAUACCCAUGAUCAGCUACUUCUCGUCGUGCGCGUGCCUCGGUGACAGGAGGAAGUACCCAACCUUCUUCAGAGUAAUCCCCAACGAUGACUACCAGGUGAAGGCUAUGGCUCAGCUGCUGGUACGGUAUGACUGGCGCUGGGUGGGGGUGGUGCGUGGGGACCAUGAAUAUGGGCACUUUGCCCUACAGGGGCUGCUGAGGGAGCUAAAGGGGACGGGGGUGUGUGUGGCCUACCAGGAGAUGAUCCCUCUGCUCUACAAUCAGCAGAGGGCCCUGGAGAUCAUAGAGGUCAUGCGUAGCUCCACAGCGCGGGUAGUGGUGGUGUUCUCUGCCGAGGGGGAAAUGACCCCCUUCCUGAAGGACUACAUGGCACAGAACAUCACAGGGAUCCAGUGGGUGGCCAGCGAGGCCUGGGUCACUGCCUCUCUCUUCACCACCAGCGAGUACUUCCCCUACCUGGGGGGCACCAUCGGCUUUGGGAUCAGGCAGGGACAAAUCCCAGGGCUCCGGGACUACCUGCAGACGGUGAACCCCCGCAGCACCCUGAUGCCCCCCUGUUCAGGGCAGGAGAUUCUUCUGGAGCAGCACUCAGCCUACAUGAACACCUCCAGCCCCAGAGUGGCCUAUAAUGUGUACAAGGCUGUGUACGCCAUCGCUCACUCACUGCACAACCUCCUCCACUGCCAGGCUGGGGCAGGACCCUUCCACAACCGCUCCUGCGCUCACAGCACCAAUGUUCACCCCUGGCAGCUGCAGCACUAUCUACAAGAACUUGCCUUUUACAUUUCUGGGGAGGAGGUGAACUUUGACCUGAAAGGGGAUUCCAUCCCGUACUAUGACAUCAUCAACUGGCAGAGGGGGUCGGGUGGCAACAUGGAGUUCAUCAACGUCGGUCUGUUCGACGGAGCAAAGGCCUCUGGGAAGGAGUUGGUGAUCCAGGAGGAGAAGAUCCUGGUGGUCUCCGUGUGCAGUGCCAGCUGUGCUCCAGGAUCCAGGAAGGCUGUCCGUCGUGGGGAAUCUCUGUGCUGCUUUGACUGUGUACCAUGUGACAGCGGCAAGAUUAGUAAUCAGACAGAUUCUAUAGACUGCACAGAAUGUCCCGAGGACUACUGGUCAAACGCUGAUGGAACAAUGUGCAUCCCCAAAGUGGUGGAGUUUCUUUCCCAUGAUGCAAUGGGGAUAGCCCUGACAGUGAUCGCUGUAGUGGGCGCCUGUCUGACCGUGUCCAUCCUGGCAGUCUUCCUCCAUCACAGGACCACGCCCAUCGUCCGCGUCAACAACUCUGAGCUGAGUUUCUUUAUCCUUCUCUCCCUGACUCUGUGCUUUCUGUGUGCGCUGAUGUUUAUCGGGGAGCCCACCUCCUGGUCCUGCAUGCUGCGCCACACCGCCUUCAGCAUCACCUUCUCCCUCUGCAUCUCCUGCAUCCUGGGCAAGACUCUGGUGGUCCUGGCAGCCUUCACUGCCGCCAGGCCUGGGAACAACAUUAUGAAGUGGCUGGGGCCCAAACAGCAGAGGGCCAUCAUAUUCUCCUGCACCCUGGUUCAGGUGCUGAUCUGUGCUGCCUGGCUCAUGGCUGCCCCUCCCUACCCCUCCAAAAAUAUCCAGGACCAACGCUCUAAGAUCAUUCUGGAGUGCAGUGUGGGCUCCCAACUGGCCUUCUGGUGCGUUCUGGGAUACAUCGGCCUCUUGGCCUGUCUGUGCUUGAUCCUGGCUUUUCUGGCCCGGAAACUGCCAGGCAACUUUAAUGAGGCCAAGUUCAUCACCUUCAGCAUGCUGAUCUUCUGUGCCGUGUGGAUCUCCUUCAUCCCUGCCUACGUCAGCUCUCCUGGGAAGUACACAGUAGCUGUAGAGAUCUUUGCCAUCCUGGCCUCCAGCUUUGGGCUGCUGUUCUGUCUGUUUGCUCCAACGUGUUACAUCAUCCUCCUGAAGCCAGAGAAGAACACUAAACAACAUCUCAUGGGGAAGAAAUAAAAUGCAUAGAUUAAUGAAGACACAUUUAUUUUGUCAUAGUUCUCAGUUUACUUUUGACCUACUGUAAACCCAGAAAUGAAAUAGAUGUUUAUAGUGUCUUUGGGACAUGUGGCAAGCUAGAAAUUGUACUUUAUUAGUUGAAUUACUGUACCAUUUUCCUGAUCAAAGAUAUAGCUCCUUCAAUCCGGCCUGUGAAACAUAAAAAACUUUUUUGUACACUUUUUUUCUCCCCAAUUUCAUGGAAUCCAAUUGUUAGUUAUAUUCUUGUCCCAUCGCUGCAACUCCCGUACGGACUCAGGAGAGGCGAAGGUCUUAAGCCGUGCGUCCUCAAACACAACCCAGCCAAGCCGCACAGCUUCUUGACACAUUGCCCACUUAACCCACUUAACCCGGAAGCCAGCCAUACGUGUGUCAGAGGAAACACUGUGCACAUUGCUAGAGCGCGAUUGGCCAAGAAAAUAUUGGCCUGCCAAACCCUCUCCUAACCCGGGCGACGCUGGGCCAGGUGUGCGCCGCCUCAUAGGUCUCCCAGUCAUGGCCAGCUGUGACACAGCCUGGGAUCGAACCCAGGUCUGUAGUGAUGCCUCAAGCACUGCGAAGUAGUACCUUUGACUGCAGCGCCACUCAGGAGGCCUCUGCAAAUAGAUUUAAACAAACAAUUGGUCCCCAAAGACACACGUCACUCCGUUGAAUUUCAAAAUCCCGAUGUGACCCUCUUGCCAAAAAGUUUCCCUACCCCUGAUCUAGAGAGAGGUUUAGUUAUGCUAUAGUUAUGCUACAUUUUUGUUUUAACAAUUUGUUGGAGGAAAUUAUAGUUGAAAUGAUUAAUUAUGUAUACAUUUAA